UAUCCAUAGUAGAAAAAUGUGAUAUGCAUUGAUGGUAAUGAUAGUAAAUGACACGUUUGCAUGGUCAGACCUGGUAUACAUAAUGUAUGACCAAACCAAGAAACUUCAAAUGAUUCAUGUAGUUAAAAGAGCACUGAUGCAUAAUGACAGAUUUUAUCAUGAUUUUAUAAACAUUGCAGAUCAGUUGCAUGUUCUCUGUAAUGAUGUAGACUGUGCAACUCACAGAAUCUGAGUCUGAAUGAGUAGCAUCAGCACUUUCCUGUGUGUGUGUGUGUGUGUGUGUGUGUGUGUGUGUAGCGACUGUCUCGCGCCUCACAGCAUACUGUGACACAAUGAAGCCGAUAACACCGUCACACAUCAAUCAACAGGUCUCUUAGCAACAAGAUAAUCUGUGACGUAUUCCAGUCGUCCAGCAGCUACAGACAUGAGCGCGGAUCACACAAAUGUACUCAGGCACACAAAACAUGUCUGAAAAGGAUAGCAGCACGUGCUGCUGAUUCUAUGACGACAGACAGGCUGAAAAAACAUUUAUGUAUACUGAUAUCAACUACAUCAAUUCUGCAUAUACUGUACAGCCUGGCAGAGAAACAGCAGCAACAGAUAAUUUGCUUCAUCAGCGGACAGUUAUGUUGUCUUCAUGAUCGAUCAUGAAAUGCGUUUUCAGAGACAUGCAGGGAGUAUUCAAGCCAGGAGAAGGUGCUCAGAUGCCUACAAUAAAUGAGUUCAGUAGAGAAGCAAGUUUUCAGCUGACUAUGGAGAGCUGCAGUCUGAGACACAUUUUCUACAUUAUUCUUCUCACAAUAGGACAGUGUGGGAUGACCAUGAAUACAGAAACUUUACUGAAAAUGGAUGAAGCGUUACUAACAGUCCGUAAUCAGAUGUCCUACGGGCUUCAAGUUCUCUACACCUCAGAUUACUGCUAUAAGUGUCUUUACCAACCUUUGGCUAGCAUGGAAGUUGGACCAGGAAAUGUGUCUGUGGUGCUGAGCACACCUUUCACUCUAACUCUGAAAGCCUCACCUGUGAAUGCCACUAACACUUUGUGCAGAUGUAGCUGCACAUUAAGGCUCAAAAAUCUUAUUUGCUGCUGUGGGGCUAAAUACUCCAUGGAAAUGGAAGAGGCUACAAAUCAAGCCAGCAUGGACCAAAGCCAACCAAAAUCAUCCCGUUUAAAAUCAUUAGACACAUUUCGAGGCUUCUCUAUAACCCUCAUGGUGUUUGUGAACUACGGAGGUGGAAGAUACUGGUUCUUUCAGCAUGCGCCAUGGAAUGGCCUUACCAUAGCUGAUCUUGUGAUGCCCUGGUUUGUAUUCAUCAUAGGGACAUCUGUAAUGUUGGCAUUUAGCUCCAUGCGAAGGAAAGGUGUGACAAGACUCCAAAUUUUGCGCAAGCUGAGCUGGAGAACAGUGGUGCUGAUGCUCAUUGGGUUCUGCUUCAUUAACUACAGCCCCAGAGAUGGUUUAUUGUCCUUGUCCUGGCUGCGGAUACCUGGAGUGCUUCAGCGUCUGGCUUUCACGUACUUCACCCUGUCACUGAUGCAGAUGUUCUCACCCCACCGAGAGAUCCCACCAAGUCAGGUCCACUGGUGGAGCCCAGUUCAGGAUGUGGUGCUCUACUGGCCUGAGUGGAUUUUCAUUUUGCUGCUGGAGACGGUGUGGCUGUGUGUCACCUUCCUGCUGCCUGUGCCCAACUGCCCCACUGGGUAUUUAGGAGCUGGAGGUAUAGGAGAUAAUGGUCUAUACCCAAACUGCACAGGAGGAGCUGCUGCAUAUAUAGAUAGAUGGUUAUUAGGACACAAUAUCUACUGGCAUCCAACAUGCAAGACCAUGUAUCACACAACUCAGCCUUUUGACCCAGAAGGAGUCCUAGGUACCAUUAAUUCUAUUGUCAUGGGAUUCAUUGGGAUGCAAGCUGGAAAGAUUUUCCUCUUCUACCGCAAAUUGAACAAAAAGAUCAUCAUACGAUUCACAGUCUGGGCUGUCAUCCUGGGAAUUUUGGCGGCCAUCCUUUCUAAGUGCACACGAGACUCUGGAUUUAUACCUGUCAAUAAAAACCUGUGGUCUCUGUCCUAUGUGGCCUGCAUGGGCUCCAUGUCCUUUGUGUUGCUGGGUAUGAUGUAUUUUGUUGUGGACAUCAACGGAUGGUGGGGUGGCCAACCUUUCAUAUAUCCUGGAAUGAACUCCAUCUUGGUAUAUGUGGGCCAUUCUCUGCUGGGAUUUUACUUUCCUUUCAGCUGGGAGAUGCGCUACCAGGACAGUCACUGGGAGCCACUUUUCCAGAGCCUUUGGGGAACUGCACUCUGGAUCUUUAUCAGUUAUCUUCUCUACCGCAAACAAUUUUUCCUCAAAAUCUAAGUCUGUCUUUUGUUUGACUGUGAAUAGCGAGCAUUUAAAUUGGGUAGAUGACCCAACUUAUGAAUACUGUCUUUUUUUAAUUUAAAUGAAUGCUUCUAUAUUUGGAUUGAUGUAUUAGUUUAAUCCACAAAACUGAAUGUAGUAUAUUCCAGAACUCAUUUAGUAAAGUUUAGGUAUCUGU